AUGUCCGAAAUGGAAGCUCAUCCAGUUCUUCCUAAGAUGAUUGAUGAAAAGAUCACUAUACACUGCCCGGACUCUUUGAAUAAACAAUACGCUACUCUCUAUCCCACUCGCACAUGGCUCAUAGUGGAAAAGCUGAGUGAGAAACCAACCCCGAUUGACCCAGAGGAUUUCGACGUUGGUAUGGGCCCGGCAUAUACCGUUGGAAAAUAUCGUUGUCGCGAUAUUAAGAAUGAUGUCUAUGCCUUUAUGCGUAUCUACAAACAGAUUCCUCUGGCUGGUACUGAGCUUGACAACUUGGCGGUUCGGAGGAAACAGGCCUGUAAGCCACGCAGACAUACGGAGCUAAGUGCCCUGAAGAGUUUUACAGAGAAUGGCUGUACUGCUACCCCUAAACUCUUUGGGUAUCAAAUCGGUAAGCAAGAUGAGAACGACCUUGUCCCCGGCGGGUAUAUCAUAUACCUUGUAUGGGAAAAAGUCCGAGGAGAUUCCCUUAGCUCUCAGGAGUUCUGGAGCCUUCCCUAUCACCGACGACAAACCAUCCGGAAGAACUUCAAAAAUGCCUACAUGGAACUUCUGAAGGCUAAGUACAAGCCGCUCCGCUCAACUGCGAGCAACAUCAUCCUCGACAAAACCACAGGUGAUAUCAAAAUCUCCGGUUUCAAACGGGCUGUCUACGUCCCCUCGGACACGAAAUGGAAAGACUUCAACUUCGUGAUGUUUUUCUUGGCCCUGAACUCCUCGCGUGACUAUGAGCAUAUGGCGAAGGAUGUCGAAUUUGGAAAACAUGGCUGGAGGUGGUGA